AUGAGAAAAGCCGAGGUUCAAAUGACCCUGAAAAAGGGGGUAGAUGCAGCGGCGGCAUCCCCGAGCCCCAUCAUCCCCCUAAAGCGGUCCAAAGUGAGCCCGGUGCAAGUUGUCCCGGAACCUCCAGGACCAGGUUAUGUCACCCCGACUCAGCCUGUUUUUAUACGCAAAAUGAGGAACGCCGCAGUGGGGACGGGAUGUGACAUCCGUCUGAAGGUCACUGUGGCUGGAGACCCCCAGCCCUCCCUGUACUGGUACCAUAAUGACGAACUCCUCAACAUGGAGAACCAGGAGUAUGGAGGGCUUUGGAUUAGGGAUUGCAAACCCAGUGAUGCUGGCCUCUACACCUGCAUUGCCAACAAUCACGUGGGAGAGGCUCGGAGCAGCGCUGUACUGGCUGUCUUGGAUCUCGGUGAAGAUUCCGAAACAUCAGAGGAUGAAGGUGACCAAUUUGAGACCAAAGAAGAUGGUGGGGAUGUUGAGGACCAGGCUGUACAUAGCGAUGCAGUGAUGGACAAAUGUGCAGAAGAUGACAGUAGAUCACGUGGACAUGAGGAUCACUCUAACACAACCAGGAGCCCGUCAGAGAACUUUUCAAGAGAAUCUCCCCCGACCCUCCCACCCCCAUCCCCAAGACUGAUCAAACGUCCCUCCACCUCUCCAAUGCCAAGUCGCUCUGGUUCAACGACACCACUCAGCUUGCGGAAUAAAAUAGUUGUGCCAACUGAUUACCAAGACACAGUUCCUGGGGAGUUUGAAGAAAAAGUUAAGCAGCCAAAAUCUGUGUCCCAAGGAAACACCCAGGAUUCCAGACCACAGACUCCACUGAGUGAAUACUCCCGUAAAGAAUUUACUCUCAGACCAUCCCCAAAACUUACCAGGGCAAGCUCAAAGGUUUUUGAGAAGGUCCGUGGAUUAGAAGAGCGGAGACGAAGCCUUGAUAUUCCAGAAGGUUCCAUCUCAGGAGGAUCCUGGGCAGGUUUCAAUCGUGCUGGAUCUGUAGAUUCAGAUGAUGGAGGAAGCCGGCUGGGCAUCUCUAGAGAAAGUUCAAGGGAAGAUCUAAGGGAGGCCUUGAAAGAGGAUGCCGCUGAACGAAGAUCUAUGUUUAAACAGAGAGCUGCUUCGCUGGAGGAGAAACCUCGCUACUCCCAAAAAGUUCAAGACAUUGAGAACAAGUUCACUGAGGAGCUCCAGCGCAUUAAAAAGCUUGUUGGUAAACCUCAUAUGAAGAAGUCGUUUUCAACUGAACAGCUCACUCUAAAGAGCAAGCAGCGCCAGCCUUUCAGGAAAAUUGAACCUAUUCCUCAACAAGUCCUUCAAAAGCUCCAAGAAAGGGAACGUGCCCAGUGGGCAAAGGAACAGAGAGAAAAGGAACAUAAUCAGCAACCAAUGCAGCAACAACAGCAAACACAGCAAGAACAGUACAUGUCCCAACCCCAAAAGACAGCAAGCACUUGUUCAACAACUGUAACAAUCAGUAGAUUUGGAGAAAUUGCAGGCACCCCAGAGUCCAUGCAGUUAUCCGACCUACCAGGACAGCGAUCAGUGAGAGAAUUAAGUAGGGUCAGUCCGGUAACGGAAAUCAUUCAGAGAUCGUCAUCACCCUCAUUAUACCAUCAACAAAGGGAAAAUUCACCAAGCAGAAAUGUUGCUGAGAUGACAUUUCGCAAGGUUGAACGAAGGCCACCAAGUCCGCUUGUGCAAAGGGUAUCUCGAAUGCAAGAAUCCGCGCACAUCCAAGAAUCUCUUUUGCAAACAUUACAAAAGGAUGAGACUUCAGGGAGAAAGACGCCAAUAGAAGUAACAUUAAGAAAAAUUGAAAACAGACCCGAAAGUCCACUGGUACAAAAAAGGGCGGUGGUUGUUCAAGAUCUUCAUCCUCAACCACCCUCAAAACCCCCAAGGAUGUCACCAAUCACCCCAACAGAGGAAAGAAUGGAAGUGGAUCUAUCUAAACCAGCCUCAAAGAUAAGAAUCCCUGAGAUAAUUGUUGAAGAUGAAAAGAUGGACAAGGAUGUUCAUGUGAAGAUAAGUGAGCCUCAGCAGAUUACUGCUAGUGCCAAAGAGGGACGACAGCUAAAGACCAAAGGAAAGAACCGUCGCCCUCGACCCAUGUCUCCAGAGUUAGAUUCGUCAGAUGAUUCUUAUGUUUCUGCUGGAGAGGACCCAAUGGAGGCCCCUGUUUUUGAGGUUCCCCUACAGGACACUGUAGCGUCUGCUGGAGCAGAUGUGCUGCUAAAAUGCAUCAUUGCCGGAACCCCAGUUCCUGAAGUAACCUGGAUGAGAGAAAACACAGAAAUCACCGGCAAUGCAAAUUACGCUGUCAAAGUGGAGGGGGAACGGCAUACUCUGCUCAUCAAAUCAGCUAGAAUAAGUGAUGGUGGAAAAUAUUGCGUAACUGCUGUUAAUCAGGUGGGCAAGGCGUCCAGCAGUGCCACCCUCAUAGUCAAAGCAGAGCCUGUGCAGGAGCCGAAAGGCAACCUUGGUGUGCCUAGGGAUAUCAGCAGCCCCAUUACAUCUGAUGAGGAGUAUCUCAGUCCCCUGGAGGAAAGCAUUGAUUUCGGAGGGCCAGAGCUCAGGCGAACAAUUGACACACGGUUCAGGAAACCCCCUGCAUUCCUGGUAACAAUGAGUGAUCAAGCUGUCAUUGAAGGACAGGAAGUCACCAUGUCUGUCCGAAUAAGUGGACAACCCAAACCCAUGCUCUAUUGGCUGAGGGACAGAGUUACGGUUAAAUCAGGCCCACGUCACAAUGUGCGAGAGACAGAAGAUGGCACUUUUGAAAUGAUCAUCAAGUCAGCAGUGCGGUCAGACUCUGGGAUUUACACCUGUAAGAUUAUUAAUGAGUAUGGGACAAAGCAGUGCGAAGGAAAGCUGGAGGUAAAAGCACCACCAGUGGAGCCGGGCCUGGCUGUCAUCCGCCCGGUCAGGGACAUCACAGCCAAGGCUGGAGAGACAGUUUUGUUUGAGUGUCACGUCAUCGGACCGAAAGACACUGAUGUGGACUGGCUUGCAGAUGGGAAACUGAUCCAACCGGCAUUGCUCAACUGCAAAAUGCACUUUAAUGGAAGAAAGUGCCGGCUGCUGCUCAACUCCGUACACGAGGACGACAGUGGGACAUAUAUGUGCAAGCUCACCACAGCUAAAGAGGAAGUGACUUCAUGCGGCAAACUCAAAGUCAUCCCAUCAAUCGAGCCUCUCUUCACCCGCAAGCUGGACGUUCUAGAAGUGAUUGAGGGGCGUAACGCUCGAUUUGACUGCAAAGUCAGUGGGACACCAUCUCCUAAGGUCAUCUGGAGCCACUUCGAUCAUCCGCUUAUAGAAAAUGAGGACAUUCGUGUUCUUCAGGAGGGUGGCCGCCACUCUCUUUUCAUUUCUCAUGUGACCAAUGAGGAUGAGGGUUUUUACACUGUCACGGCACGCAACAGUCACGGCGAUGCAGAGAGCUCCGCCGAACUUUACAUACAAGAACCACGGCCAGCCAUCUCCUCACAGAUGGCUAAACUGGAGAAGAUGCCAUCAAUCCCAGAGGAGCCAGAGGUUCCGGAGAAUGAGGUGGAGCGCUUCACCAUGCCUGACUUCAUCAAACCCCUUUAUGACCUGGAUGUGAUCGAGGGCAAGGAGGCUGUGCUUAAAUGUAAAGUGGCUGGUUUGCCGUACCCCACCAUCGUCUGGUUCCACAACGGCAAAAGGAUUGAGAGCACCGAGGACAGAAAGAUGACUCAAUUUCGUGACAUCCAUAGCCUGGUCAUCCGCGCCGUGUGCCAUGCCCACGCUGGCGUCUACAAGAGUGUCAUCUCUAACAAAGUUGGCAAGGCCACCUGCUACGCUCAUCUCUAUGUAACAGAUAUCCUCCCGGACCCUCCAGAUGGCUGUCCAGUGAUAGAAUCCAUCACUGGUAAAACCAUCAUCUUAAGCUGGAAGAAACCAAGGAGGCUGGACCCUUCCAUUGAUCCCUACUCCCUGAUGUAUGCCAUCCAACAACAAGCCCUGGGCUCCAUCCAGUGGACCAUCAUAGCUUCUGGCCUGAAGGAGACCAUCUACACCAUCACCACCCUCUCCAAAGGCGUACGCUAUGCUUUCAGGGUCCUGACCAUCACCUCCAAAGCCUUCAGCAAACCCUCGCCUACAACUGAUCCUGUUAAGCUUCUGGACCGAGGUCCCUAUCUUCAGGAGGCUCCAGUGAUUAUAGAUAAGCCAGAUAUUGUAUAUGUGAUGGAAAACCAGUCAGUCACUAUCACUAUCACCCUCAAUCAUGUCAACGCUGCAGUCAUCUGGAAGAGGAGGGGAGUGGUCCUCUCCAGCAAGCCAGGCCUGUACGAGAUGACAAUGCCAGACGAUGACCAGCAAACACUGAAGCUGCUAAAAGUGAAGAGUGCUGACAUCGGAGAGAUGGUGUUUGUGGCAUCCAACAACUUUGGCAGCGACAGCUGCACCUUUAACGUGGAGAUGGCAGCUCCACCAACAUUUGAAACUAUCAUGGAGGACUUGGACGUUUGUGCAGGCGAGACUCCUAGCUUUGCUGUGGUUGUGGAGGGCAAACCCAUUCCCGACAUCCUCUGGUUCAAGAACGACAUCCUGCUGUCGGAGAGCAGUCAUUACACAUUUGUGUAUGAUGAUAAUGAAUGUUCCCUGGUGGUCCUAAACGCUCGUCCAGAAGACUCCGGUGUUUAUACCUGCACUGCCAGAAACUUGGCAGGAUCUGUGUCUUGUAAAGCUGAACUCACUAUUCAUGAAGCCAAACGUAAAGAGGAUCCAAUGGAUGAUGAGGAGACUAUUCUAAGGAAGAUGCGCAGACUGACUGACAACUAUGACAUUCACAAGGAAAUUGGAAGAGGUGCAUUUUCUUAUGUGAAACGUGUGACUCAGAAGGCUGGCAAAAUGGAGUAUGCUGCAAAGUUCAUCUCCACACGGGCCAAAAAGAAGGCGUCUGCCCGGAAAGAGAUGAACCUGCUCUCCAAGCUGGACCACGAGAGAAUCCUUUACUUUCGGGAUGCCUUUGAGAAAAAGAAUGCCAUCAUCAUCAUCACUGAAAUAUGCCACGAGGAGCUGCUAGACAGAUUUAUAAGGAAAUCUGCAGUUAUGGAGUCUGAUGUACGUUCAUGUAUAAGACAACUGCUUGAGGGAGUGGACUACCUUCAUCAUCAAAACAUUAUACACCUCGACGUUAAGCCUGAUAACAUCCUCAUGGCAGACUCCCACAGUGAUCAGAUACGAAUCUGUGACUUUGGCAACGCAGUGCAGAUCACACCCGAUGAGGCUCAAUACCGGAAAUACGGCACACCAGAAUUUGUUGCACCGGAAAUUGUCAAUCAGACUCCUGUGUCAAAAGCAACGGACAUCUGGUCAAUUGGAGUCAUUGCAUAUCUGUGUCUGACAGGAGUUUCUCCUUUUGCUGGAGAGAACGACCGCAGCUCCUUACUGAACAUCAGGAACUAUAAUGUGGCCUUCGAGGAAAGCAUGUUUGCUGACCUUUGCCGAGAGGCUAAAGGGUUCAUCAUAAAGCUGCUGGUAGCAGACAGGCUGCGACCGGAUACUCAAGGAUGUCUCCGUCACCCCUGGUUCAAGACACUUAGCAAGGGGAAGGCCAUAAGCUCAGAGUCCCUGAGGAAGUUUGUAUCCCGUAGAAAAUGGCAGCGUUCACUAAUCAGCUAUAAAUCAAAAAUGGUCAUGAGGUCCAUACCUGAGUUGCUGAACGAUUCCUCCAGUCAUAUCUCCAUUGCCGUUCCCAGGCACCUUAAAGAAGGUUCACCUGUGCCAUCAUCAUCUUCAGAUUCCGAUGAAGACAUUGAUGAACUGCCAUUCCUUCCAAUGCCGCUUAACAUGGAAUUCUCUGGAUCAAGGAUGUCACUUAAUGAAAUCCAGACAAAUGAGCAGGAAACAGGAAAGCAGGAUGGAACAAGUAAAUGGUCUGCGUCCCCUGUUCAAGCCCAGGAGGCUAUGGAGUGUGACCCUAAAGAAAUGGAUAAAGAAGGGGUCGAAUUAUCAGCUAAAGGCCGCGUCCGGAAAAGGUCGUCACAGGACAAUGACAGGGGUUCCUCAGAUGAGGAAACAACGGCGGAAUUGCCACAAAAGUCACAGCUGACUAGAAAACCCCUGCGAAGGGGUUCAAGCAUGGAGUCAGACAAACCAGAGGGUGGACGACGGAGAGGAGAGCUAAGACGUGGAGGCUCUGCCGACAGUGCAUUGCUGCUCAAGAUUACACCUGAGGAAGGAGCUGGAGAAGGAAACCAAGAGGAUGGAAGGAGAGUUCUCAAGAAAGCUGUCUCUAUGGAACUACCAAGAAGGAGCACCAGCCCAGGAACUGCCAAGAUGAGUCAAGAAGACUACGCUCUUAAACUGGAGAUGAUGCGACAGCGACUGCUCCGUGGUGGCUCUGCGGACAACAAGAUGAGUGGACUGAGGGGGCCUCUGUUGGAAACAUUAGGAAUGGGAGAUGAAAAACGCUUCUCUCGUACUGCUCGUUUGGGCCCACCCCCACUAAUUAGAGCUGCAUCCAGCGAUUCUGCAAUGGAGGAAGUUCCCAAACCCAAGAUUUUGCGCAAAACUGCUUCUUUCAGUCAAGGUGAUUCAGAACCUAUCGCUUUACACCGCCGGUCGGGAGCUCCCUUGGAGAUUCCCUUGGCACAGGUAGAAGAGAGAAGGCUCAAGGAGGCCAUAUCUAUGUCAGCUCUUACUGAGCAAAUCAAGCUAGAAUCCCGUCCAGUGACACCCAGGGAACCUUCGCCAAAACCACCGACACCAGAGUCCGUUGUGCAGGAAAGUCCAACUAAAGCAGAAAGCGAGGAAUCAUUAAUGGAGAGAGAGAUAAAGCAGGAUGAGACUAUGAACGAAAAGAUGGAAGGGCUGACUACGGAUAGUAAUUUUGAUGAGCGAUCGAGCACUAGUGGUUUCUCAGAGAAGGACAUGAGCAUAUCAGAAGAACCAAUGAUUGAAUCAGAGUAUACGGGCCAGAGAAUUCCUACACCUCCUCUUGCUGUCCAAAGCUCUGAAAUAGAAGAGAAAAUGGAGGAAGACGAGGGAGGAAAUGAGAAAGAAGAAAAAGAACGGAUUAUGAAAGAAGAAGAGAAAAUAAUUGUCAGUGAUGCCGAACCAAAUGCUGAAGGACAUGUCGAUGUUUCUGAACAAAGUGCAGAAGAAGAAGUAAAUAUGCCUGCUAAAUCUUCUGAUAUGAUCAUAACCACAAGCUCAGUUAUGGUGAGACCAACACAAGGAUAUUCCCACCCAUCAGCAAAUGUUGUGUCAACUUGUGUAACACCUGCGCCUCCUGCUCGAGUUGUCCUUCCAGAUGGAAGGACCUCAGCAUAUGCAAGUAUUAUGCAGACCAUCAUGGUCCCUGCAGUUCAGCCUCUCAAUGAGCAACCUUUAGGCCCCUCCACACCGGUUGUUGCUCCAGCAGACUCGUCACCUUCAGUAUCAACGGAAACAUUUGCACCCACAUCUUCACUUGCCAGCGUCUCCUCUGCUGUACCUGGUCAACCAAAGCCAGCCAUGAUGUCAACCACUGUGCACCCUGCAGUAUACUCCAGGGUAGCGUCGCCAGAAAUGAUGACAAAGGAACCUAGUCCCCCAAGGACGACCACACAUUCCUCACCCCAACAAGAGCUCUCAGCAGGAGUUGACUUUGAGGAUAUUACCUCUGAAGAGGUCUUCGAGGCCCGCUUCAAAAAACGUGAGUCUUCCCUGUCAAGAAGUCUAAAAUUCCUGUCACGUUCAAAGAAUGAGGACAAAUCACAAGCGGCUUCAUCAGACUCAACAGAGUCAGGUGAAGACAUAUACAGACCUGGGCCGAUUGGUGCGCCAUUGGAACUUGCAUCAAGAAGACUUGAGGAGAAGUCGAAGUCAGUCCAGGAUCUGCGUGAAGCUCAAAAGGACCAAGGCUUUAUGAAAAGGCUCUCUAUGCGCCUGAAGAGAGCUUCGUCAACUGAGCGCAAGGUCGAAAUGACCGAAGAAGAAGAUGUUCCUUUGAGACGUAGACUUUCCUGGUCUCUCGGCCGUAGAGGGUCACAAGACAAGAAGGAAGUGGGAAUGGAUGGUGGAGGUAAUACUUUGGUGGAACAAGAUGAAAAGGAGCUUAAGAAACCUAAUGAAUCACCGGUCUUAGCAAUGCGCAGAAAGAUUGAAUCAACCGUGGCUGGGAUCUCCACAAGAAUUCGCAGCUACUCAGAGGAAAGGAAAGCAUCAGACGACAAGGAAACCAAGAGGACACCCAUUCUGUCCAUGCUUCGUCGUGCAACAUCAGAGAGUCGUGCAACAAAGGUUGCUAGUGUUCCUCAGAACCAGCUGGCAUCUCAGGCCAGUAAUGGUGCCUCGACAGAGUCUCUAGACUCCAUGUCCAGCCUAAAGUCAGAAACAUCAAAAGUUGCGGAGGGCGAGCGCAGAUCCCGCUGGGAUCGAUGGGGCCUAACCAGAGGGAGGCGAGACAAGACAGUAUCACAGCCUGAUAUACCAACAGCAAUCUCCAGAGAAAAUAGUUCCCUACGUGGCCGCCAGUACUCCAGAUUGGCUUCAGAUUUCCCUCCAGUAUUCCACAUCAAGCUGAGAGAUCAUGUCCUUCUGGAGGGUGAUCCAGUCACACUCAGCUGUCUGCCAGCAGGCAGUCCCCACCCACACAUCACCUGGCUGAAAGAUAAGAAGCCCCUGGAGAUUGAUGCCAGGAUGAAUAUGAUCGCCUGCCCUGAUGGCCGACAGCUACUGAUGAUCAUGCAAACCACCAAAAAGGAUGCAGGGGUCUAUGAAUGUGUUGCUACAAGCCCCUUGGCCACAGUGUCCAGCUCUUGCACAAUAUCUCUUGCUCGUCUGCCUAAUCGUCCUGGGACCCCAGAAAUACCUCAGAAGUACAACAACACAGCCCUGGUACUGUGGAGGCCCUCAGAUACCAUGGCCCCCUGCACAUACUCUCUGGAGAGGAUAGCAGAGGGUGAGACCAACUGGUUGAUCAUGGCUACAGGGGUGGCAGACUGUUAUUACAAUGUGGUUGACUUGCCAGCAGGGGGCUCCUUCAGGUUCAGGGUGGCCUGUGUCAAUAAAGCUGGCCAGGGCCCCUACAGCAACCUGUCAGAGGUAGUGAGCCUGAGUGCUUCAGAACCAGCUAAAUCCAGUGCUCCUGUAGUGGUGAAGACUGUUCCUGCAACUACUCCGCCACCCCCUGUGGUGAUGAAGUCAUCCAUGAAAGUGCCUCCCAUUAAACCAGCUCCAAGUAAAUCCACUACAGCAACACCUGUCCCGCCUUCAACUUCUGCUCCUGCUCCAUCCGUGGUUAUUUCAGCUCCUGCAGUAACCACCAAACCCACGGUGCAGGUCGAUGCUAGACGUCCUGCUGUUUCUCCGCCCGUUAGCACAGCUCCCUCGGAACAAGCUCCUGCUCAGGCAGCCGCAGCCGUCCAAGCCCCGGUAGCCAAAGCCAAGACCACCCUUAGCAUCAGUGUUGGCAAACCCCAAACCAAAUUGGCGACCCCCCCUGUUGUCCCACCCAAACCUCAAAGUCCUGUAAAUGCGAUCCAUCAAAUAACCAGCAAGUCCCCUUCUCCUGUACCAACACCCGCACCGGUCAUCGGUAAACCUAUUUCAUCUGUACCGAUGUACCGUGUUACUCCACCUUCUCAAUCUAGUUCCACCGUGGCAACCACAACUGUUUCAGUCACUCCCAUGACUGUCUCAGUACCCGUGGCUGUCUCACCGCCCAUGGUGGUGGUGCAGAGCUUGACGCCACUGAUUCAGGGAGGGGACAGUCGGAGCACCCCGUCCGGACGGGUCACCCCUUCUGGACGGGUCACACCGUCAGGACGAGCCACUCCUUCGGGACGCAGGACGCCGUUGGGAAAGCCUGGAGAGGGAUCUCUGCGCCAGGGAGUUCCACAGAAGCCUUACACCUUCAUGGAUGAGAAAGCAAGGGGUCGGUUCGGUGUGAUCCGUGAGUGCCGGGAAAACGCCACGGGCAACCUCUUCAUGGCUAAGAUUGUUCCAUAUGAGGCCAACAGCAAGCAGACGGUGCUGCAGGAAUACGACAUCCUCAAGUCCCUUCACCAUGACAGGAUCAUGGCCCUGCAUGAAGCUUACGUCACCCCGCGCUACCUGGUGCUCAUCUCUGAGUACUGCAGUGGGAAGGAGCUGCUCUUCAGCCUCAUAGACAGGUUCCGUUACUCAGAGGAUGACGUGGUGACCUACAUUGUGCAGAUCCUCCAGGGUCUGGACUACCUCCACACCCGACGCAUCCUCCACCUGGACAUCAAGCCAGAGAACGUCAUCAUCACCUACAUGAACGUCAUCAAGAUUAUUGACUUUGGCAGUGCUCAGACUUACAACCCCCUCUUCCUCAAGCAGUUCAGCCCUCCUAUCGGAACACUGGAGUAUAUGUCUCCAGAGAUGUUGAAAGGGGAUGUUGUGGGUCCUCCAGCUGACAUCUGGAGCGUGGGCGUACUGACUUUCAUCAUGUUGAGCGGCAAGUCGCCUUUCAUUGAAAAUGAUCCUCAGGAGACGGAAGCGAGGAUCCAGGCGGCAAAGUUUGACCUCUCUAAGCUCUACCAGAAUGUGUCCCAAAGUGCCUCUCUGUUUCUCAAAAAGAUCCUCUGUAGCUACCCGUGGGCCCGCCCCUCCAUUAAGGACUGCUUCAAUAACUCCUGGCUCCAAGAUGCCUACCUGAUGCGCCUUCGCAGGCAGACUCUCACCUUUACAACUACCCGUCUCAAGGAAUUCUUGGCCGACCAGCAGCGCAGGCGAGAGGAGGUGGCCACCAAGCACAAAGUCCUCCUGCGGUCCUACCAGAGCUCGCCACAAACCCCCACCAGCCCCGCCACGCCAAAUGUGCCAACCUCACCCACCACACCUGUCAUCCAGUGA